AUGCCUCCUCCGGGCCAGCUACCGCUGGACACAACUCUGUCGCCACCAUGGUACAAAAGGCCCCAUCCAGACUCAGAUAACGAUGAUAACGCUGCAGACUCCUCUGUAAGCCAUGAAUUCCUAGCUGGUGCCUCUACACCACUACACGUGAAUACAACCAAAUCAGUGAUGAUGAUCUCGCCAAUGAAGAAGCUAGAUAAGCUACAUUUAAGCCAGACGGAGCUAAGGCCAAUCGAAGCGUCGGAUGAUGACGAGGACGGGUCCAGUUUGGCUCACGCUGGUAACCAGACCAUCUUGACUGACUAUAGCAGUGAUCUGAACUCGUCGCCAGCAGAAGAAAGACCUCCUCCAUUCUUCGUUCGUAAGAGGAAACAUGACACAUCUCUGGACAUGAUCGUAACGCCGGCGUUCGAUUUUGUCAGAAUUCGGUCCUCUGAUCUUCCUUCCUCAAGAAACCUGUCAAUCGGCAACAUGACGUGUGAUUCGCUUCUGAAAAUCAGCUUUUCUAGUUCCUAUUCAACUCCAUGUCCUACCCAGCCUCGGAAAAAGCUUAAGAUUAAGGAAGAUAAUACUCCAUCGCAACCGUCGCGUCUUAAGAAACCAUUACUUAACUUAUCUUGCUCCAAGAAGGUGUCUGCUGGGUCUGAGCCUCUUAUUGAUAAACUCAAUAAUGCAGGUGACGAGUUAUCUAGUUCUUUUGCAGAGAAUUCUGUUUCAGACGAACAUGAAGCAGACCAAAACCAGCCCCAGUCAACACCCAUUAGCCAAUCUACUCCAGCCAACUCGCGUGCACCAUCCCCAUUCACCGAAGACACGUCCGAUAGUAUUAAUGGUUUCUCUUUUGUCAAGCCUGCUGUUGCAAUGCCAUUCAAAUAUGAUACCCCACAGGCUCGCCCUACAAGUGCAUACCCUUCCUUCAAGCCAUCUCAGCAGCUCAGAAAUGCUUACAAUAACAACGAUUUCGUAGAAGCUGCUGGAGGAAAGUACGAGGUGGUUGGAAAGUUCCCUGUGUCCGCUGCUGGUUUGAUGGACGAGGACGACGAAGAUUUGCACGUUGGUGAUAAGCGUAUCAACGAUCCUUACCUCCAAGCGCCUCUGCUGGAACUGUCAGAAGUUGAUGACAGUGAAAGAGACCGAAUCCGCCAUCAAUACUUGACUGGUGACGAUAAAUUACCGUUGCUAUUGCAUUUUGAGUGUGAGCUCUCUAAACCAGAGAUGCUAGAACUCCUCCACGACUCAUCCUCCGUUUCUGCAUUUUACCAUUACAUCUCCAAUCCUGACUCGUUAAUGCCGCUACUCAAAAAGGAACGCCUUCGUUGGCAUCCUGAUAAAUGGGUUUCCCGUUACAAAGACUCCUUGUUUGAUGAGGAUAUUGUUCGGGGCCUAAGCCAAGUCAUUAACACCAUUAUAGAAAAGUCAUAG